AUCAGGGGCCACAAAACGCCAACAGCCUUUGUACUGUCGUCAUGUAGUCAUUAGAGCGGUGGCCAGGAAUUAGUGAUGAAAAUGUAAAAGUGGCAUGAAUAAAAUCCUUAGUCAUCAUUUUGUGAACGAUAAUAAUAAUAACUUGGAGGCACUGGUCAAAGGGCAAAAAGGCAACAGUUGUUUUAAUUUAACCUUUCAUCCUUGAGAACUUGUCAAACUUUGACACACCUGAUCGUUAUAAUUAUUAUUUUCUUGCAUGUUUCAUAGAUUCCUUUGAUGCUUUAGAGAAACAUUACGGCUGCUUAGUCCGCUGGUCCUUGGGCCCCAUGACUGCAUGGAUAAAUGCAGGACGGGUGUACAAAUGCAAACAUUAAAAAAAAAAGAAAUGUGAAAGUUAUUUCAGCGGGGUCAUAUUGUAGUGGUAAUUUGUUCAUUUCUACAGGAUUUGUCUGAGCCCAAACUGUAAGUCUUUAUAGCUCCAUAAAUGAGUCAUAACCUUUUUCCCAUCAGUGACUGUUGACAGUAUGAAACAUUAAACGUCGUCCCUCCACCUCGAAUCAAAUGAAUCUAUAAUCUUGAGAGGCUUUCAGCUCAGAUGAGUCCGUUGGUCUGCUUCGAUGUGCCAGACAACUUUGAACGAUCGUGGAAACUUUGCGACUUUUCUGGCUCUCCCAACCUCAAAUCAGAUUCCUUAAAUUUACAUUCAACGCGUUUGCUGUCCGACCCAAAGCCUUUCGUGUGCAAUUCUAGGUUUUCAUAAACACCCGAGAGGCAUCAUGGAGUUCUUCAAGGACUGCUGCAAGAAUUUUUCUCAGAGGAACAAACAGGAACCGGAGACCCAAGUGAUCAAAAUAAAGGCGCCUCCCAAGGAGAUAAUGUUGAUAGGAGAGCUGCCGGAUGAGAGGACUAGGAUUGAGAAAACGGAAGAUUACCUCAUUUCCAAGCAGCCUCCGGGUGGCAGAGAGGUCCCGUUUGUCGUUCCCACCUUCAAGCCCACUUACGUUCAACCCCAGAGCCACCAGUUCUCUGCUCUGCAGCCGGGGCUGCACAGCUCAGCCAGGUCCACGUAUGCGGGGAGGAAAGCAGAACUGCUGGGCGCCAGCUUCUUCCCGUACAACUCGGAGUCCAUCUUCCAUCAGGGCAGCAUGCCGGCGUACAUCUCCCCCGGCGCCGCCCGACGAGACGCACCAAAGAGCGGCCCUCGAAGCCCAGGUUGGACUGUGAAACCGGGCAACCAGCGGCGCCUGAGCAGCUCCAUGCUGGACCUGAGCAGCCCUCAGAGCCACAGCCAGCGAAUUGACUCCACCUCCAGCACCGUCAGCAGCGCCUCCUCCAUGAUGAGCUCCAUGGAAAGCAGCCUGGAAUCCAUCGCUUUGUCGGUGGACGAGCAGGAGCUGGGGAAGGUCUGUGUCCGGGUCCGAUACCAGCAGGACGUGGAGCAGGUGUGGAUCACCCUGGUUCAGUGUUCAGACCUCGUCGUCCAUCCAGAUGAAGUACAGAAGGUUGGCUUCAAAGCAAUCCUCACCGUCCCCAAACCCAUCCAGUUCAAGACCACACUCAAGGAGUAUCAGCAGAAUGUCGCCUUCAUGGAGACCUUCGUGUUCACGCUGCGCCUGCAGCAGCUGCAGAGCAGCGCUUUGGUGCUGCGCCUGCAGACGCACAGCCCCAGGAAACGCACUGCGGCCGAGGCGGUCCUCUCCCUGCGCCAGCUCAGCCCCCAGGAGUCGGAGCACUGGCUCGACCUCCAGCAGCCCUCCAAAUCCUCGGCGAGUCACUCCGAGCUGCACCUCAGCACCCUCUUCCAGCCGGUCAGCGGACGCAUCCAGGUCAAGGUCCUGGCGGCCCAGAACCUCCCACCGUCCUCCUCUCCCCUCUCCCAGGUGUUUUUCGUCAAGGCCGAGAUGCACCAGUUGGGCCAGCUGGAAAUCAAGAAGAAGACCCGGGCGCUGAAGGCGUCAGGCGGUCAGUGUCGCUGGGAGGAGACGUUUCACUUCCUGUUGGCGUCGCUGGAGCACGCCUGCUCGCUGUCGCUGAGGCUCUACAGCCGCAGCUCCGUCAGGAGGAAACAGUGUCUUGGACAGGUUCAGCUGGGCUUCGACAGUCCUCUGCCAGAAGCCGUGGAGCAGUGGAAGGACACGAUGGCUCACCCAGAGAAAGCGGUGACAGCCUGGCAUCGACUGAGUCCCCCCUAAACCCCGCCGCCCCUCGACUGCUGAGACUUUCAUUUUUAAAAGCGCCGGACGCCUGGCUAGCCCGCUGGCCCCGCCACCCUGCGCCGAGCAGGCUGUUUACGGCCCAGACUCCACGCCGCAGGUCGACGACCCGGAAGAGAUUCGAGAUGUUAGGUGAAAUUCUGUAGAUAGAGGAUUUGCACAAAGUUUUAGAAGAUGGUUGGUGGAGGGAGAGGCAUUUCUGGAGAAAGGAGGCUGUCUUUAUUUUCUUUAUAGGUCAACUCACUGCUUCUGGUGAAAACGCCUGUUCGGUCAGAUCUGUGUUUACAAAAGUCUUCAAUUUCGAUUAGCUGGCUGAUGAAGGUCUACGGCUUGAAGUAUAUAGAACAAUUUUUUCUCAAUCUUGUCUUCUUUUAUUUUUAUUUCUUUGAGAGAGUGCCAAGUUAAUCAAAGCUCAGAGCCCAAAAGAAACGAAGAGGAAAUAUGCGGCAGCCUGAACAACCCAAGUUUUAAAAGUCAGAAAAGUGUGCACUUUAAUUCGUAAGGCACUUGUAACGUUUUGGGGACAGUGACAUCUGCAGUGCCUUGAAAAGGUUUUCACACCACCUGCCCAUGUUUUGUCUCUACACAACUAACGUCAGCGUAUUUUGAUGAGCGACUAUUGGAUAUGUUGGUCAACGCCCGCCUCAGUCUCAUCUUUUGUUAAUGUUUCCUCGCAGCUUCGCUGUUCACGCUUGAGUCAUGCAUCCCCACAGUAUCAUGCUGCCACCACCGUGGGGAUGCUUUUUGAAUCCAGGCUAAUUUGCAAGGAAUUUUCAUUCAAGGAAGCGGACUGAGUGCACAUUUCAGAUUGCAUUAUGCACCUCAUCAUGUUGCUCCGUCACGUAAAGUCCUAAUAAAAUACAUUGUCGUGAUGUGACAAAACGCGAAGUGUGUGAAAACUUUCACAUUUCUGUUCUUCUUGCCCGCCCUCGGUUGUUCAGACGACGGCUACCGUCUCUGAUGCUAACUUAUGUGAUGUCGUGGUUUUGUUUUUUUUUUUUGUCCUUUUAAGGCACUUUAUCUUCUUGUAUUUGUCAUAGUUUUUUUUUUUUAUGUAGGGUUUUCUUCGGAAAUGUGAAGUGUAAUCAUUGAACCAGUUCACUUGGUUAAUUAAAUAUGUGAUGUAAAGAAAUACGGAACAGCCUGAAGUCUUUCAGAUUUUACAACCGUGGCAAACUGGAGAAUCUGCAACUUAAGAAAGAGCUUCUUAAAACCUUUGUCUCGCGCAACUCUUGUUUGUGAACUGAAACGGGAAUGUCCCCUGUUCAGUCCAAUAAAGCUUUGGACUGA